UUAGCUACUACAACUGGUAUGUCAAUAGGUGCUGUGUAAGAAUUUCUGAAUAGGGUUCCAAAGUAUACUACCCAUUCAGAUUACAUAAAUAUAGCACUUGACUCCAGUAAAAAAAAU